GAUAAAUGUUUGGGUUUUAGCUAUGUUAUUGUUUGUUGUGAAAUACAUUAAAUUUGUUUUUAGUCAAUAAACUUCAACGUGAAUUUUAUUUAAUACAAUGGGCAAAAACUACUACGAAAUACUUGGUAUAACCAAGACUGCAACAAACGAUGAAAUCAAAAAAGCAUAUAAACGAAUGGCUCUUAAAUAUCAUCCAGACAAAAACGAUCAUCCUCAGGCUGCAGAGGCUUUCCAGGAGGUUGCUGCUGCAUUCGAGAUACUAUCAAAUAAAGAGAAACGUGAGAUAUAUGACAACUAUGGAGAGGAAGGCUUAAAAUCGAAUGGCAGCGACCAACCGAAUUAUGGCCAAACUUCAUCAGAUAUGUUGCCGUUUAUGUGCGCCGUUGGUGGAACAGUUUUAUUUGCAUUUGCUGCAUUUAAGACGUUCCAGUUUUUUACAAAGAAAAAGGACAAUGGGGACGACAAUGAUUCGUCUUCGGAGUAAUAAUAUUUAUCGAAUAGAAUACUCUACAUUUUGUAAAUACGAAUAGUGAUGAUUUGUUACGAAGAACAAUAAAAUGUGAUUUCUUGCUUAA